AUGACCCAUAUACAGAUCGUUAACUGCAUUAACCUUCCAAGAGCUGAUUUAGAUGGAAAUAGUGAUCCAUACGUCAAGAUUCUUGGCCGUAAAAAGGGCUCAGACAAAUUCAAAGACAUCGGGAAAACUGAUACAAUUAAAAACACUUUAAAUCCUAAAUUCAAAGAUAAACCAUUCCCAAUCGAGCCAGAUACAGAAGAGAUCAAACUAUCAGUCUAUGAUUACGAUUUUAUGGGUAAAAACGACGAAUUAGGUGAAGUCGCAUUCAAAAUCGCUGAAAUUAGUGGCAACAAGCCUAUAACACUUACACUUUCUAGAGUACAACUUUCUAUACUCCAGAAUUGCUUCCCAGCUAUUACUUUCGUUGUUUCGAAACCAGAAGAACAAGUCAUGGCACCACCACCAGCCGUUAAACCACCACCUCCACAGAAACAAGAUAUUAAGUUUGUUAUUGCCGAAAGCGCCAAAAAUAACUUAAUUCUUGGCAUCGCAAUUAUUGAUGAAACAGAAAAGAAAUAUUAUAUCUCUGAUGAGACAACUGGUGCACCUGCAAACUAUAAAAAGUGCAAAGCUGAAAAUGAAUACAAAAUUAGACUGGCAAAAUUAGCACAACCACUUAAAAUCAUUCCAUUUAUUAGAACAACACGAAAUUUUAAACCAGGACAGAUCAAAGUCCAAGCUAAACUUAAAAAUCAAGUCAUUGGCGAGUUCAAAAUGAACCUACAAUACAGAGGCGAAUGGACAUUUGAAUCUGCACUUGAAGUUCCAUCAAAGAAGGUUAUUUCUAUCAAACAGUUCAACCGUAAUAACUAUACUAAUGAAGAGUGGAUCAGUAUGAUCCCAGGAAUACAAAAAGCUGAAUAUCACAAAUAUUUAAAAAAUUCUUUAUAUAUAUUAUUUUUAGCAAAUAGAAAUAGUUUUUUAUAG